AUGGAGGCUGUGCUUAUCGGCGGUAUGGACUGCAAAUGGAACGGUUCGUAAGUGCUUCGAAGAUUGAAAGGCGCAAUUCCCUAAGGGCAAACAACACUCGGACCCCGAUCCUGGCACAUUCCUACUGACAAAAACGGAUGGCCCGAGGGGAGGAAGGCAAAUGUCGUGUCGUCGGGGACAGGAAACGCGCUGAGAAUGACCACAAGAGGAAGAGAAAUGCCCGUGUCCGCUGUCCAUUCAUCAUGUGGCCAACAACUUUUACGCCUCAAUUCGAAUUUGGUUAGGCUUGACGAUGUCCCGGCCAAGGCCAACAAGAAGUCACACUGA